AAAAUCUCCGCAGAAAUCACCACCACCUCGCCCGAUUCUCCGCGGCGGCGCGCGCCCUCCGAACCCUCCCCGAUAUCGCAGGAUCGUGCGAGGGCACCCCUCCUGCUAAUGCGCGUGCUUCCCUGAGGUUCUCGUGGUAAUUUCGUUGUAUUCGUAUGUCACAUCGAACUGUGGGUGCCGCAGGAUUGGUGACUCCACCUACAUUGUGCAAUUGAGUUGCCAUUGGCGGCUUUGUGGAUUGUCGUGUUACUGAUAUGGACGAAGUGCCGAGUAAUCAGGAUAAUUCAGAACUCAGUCCGUUUCUUGGCAGUGCUAUGUUUGCAAAUCAUGGGGAACAAUCUGCAGGGAAUUCUUCCCCUGAGACGGGGUGGGUUCCCAUUAUCGCAAGAAGGCCGUCGAAUUCGCAGCAUGAUAUUGCACUGGUGGGGAGUAACCGGCUUGGUGUGGGCAUCCUUGAGAAUGACAAUUUGUUUGAUGAUGAGUCGUUGACGUCAACAUUUGAGAACAUGAGCUUGAGCUUCAUGGCUGGUGCUGCUGAUUCUGCUGUUAUCUCUGGCAGUGUUAGAUGCAGGGAUGGACGCUGUCCUGCAGGCCUUAUGAUUUCAUCUGCUGACAACACAAGGAACGGGUCACUUCAGCCGGCAUUUGCUCAGGAUGAUUUUGUGCCUUCAUCUCUAAUGAUCAACAAUGCUGAACACAUGGAGCCAAGGUUUGGUGGGCAAAAUCCUCCAGUGGACACUAGGAUGCAUGGCGCAGAUAAUGCUUAUGUGAAUGCAAUCAAUCUACUAUCAGCUCUGCCUUUGCAGCAACAAUGCUUUAUCGAUGGGUGGUCGCAAACGUAUGCACCUCAGCAGAUGGACUCGAAAUUCAGGUGGCGUGAUAGUGACCUGGAGAGGCAUUCUCUCAUGCAGUCCCAGUAUUCUUAUCAGCAGAUGCCACAGGUUGCUGGCUCUGAUGUUCGUUGGAUUAAUAGCAACCAAUGUGGUGUUGUCAACUCCUCUCCCAAGUCUGCAGCUUCACCUCAUCUUAGGACGCCCACUGUUCAUCAUCUGGGACAUGGCAGUGCUGAUAUCUACUGGAAUGGUGCUAUGGUUCCUAAUGGAAAUAACCUACUGAAUUCUACACGUGCGAAUAACUGUCCUUGUAUAAUUUAUCCUGAUUGCUCAUGUGAAACCUGUGAACAUUGCCAGAUUCAGCUAUCUGAAAAGCUCAAACAUCCAUAUGGACUCAGACGUUCAACUAAAGGUUUAUUACAAAAUCACAUUUUGGAUGAAGUCAAACCGAGAUCUUCUCCUGAGAAGAUCCUGAUGAAGUCCGAAGGUGUAAAUUCAAUUAGAAAUAUCAAGCCUGGCUUUGCACUUGAUGGGUGUGCUGAAACAAAUCAAAGACUGGACCAUAAUCAUCAUCUCAAUAUUCAGAGCAAAGACUCCUUACAUUUUGAUUUGCAGAGCUCUCAGUGUCUGUCAUCAUUGGGAUCUGAAUUGGCCAUGAAAUCUGCCCAACUUAAGUAUAAUUCAGUGGAUGAAGUUAUUGGAGAAUUGUACCUCUUGGCAAAGGAUCAGAAUGGCUGCCGUUUCUUACAAAGGAUAUUUACGGAAGGUUCUCAAGAGGAUGCUCAAAAGGUCUUUGGUAGUGUCAUUGAGCAUAUUGAUGAACUUAUGGUUGAUCCAUUUGGAAAUUACUUGGUACAAAAACUACUUGAAGAGUGCAAUGAUGAUCAAAAGAUGCAUAUAGUUUAUGAAAUAACCAAAAGACAAGGCCAGCUAAUUAAAGUUUCAUGCAACAUGCACGGGACACGUGUGGUGCAAAAGGUGAUAGAAACUAUUAAUACCUCAGAUGAAUUUUCCAUGGUUGUAUCUGCUCUGAGCCCUGGUGCCAUUACUUUGAUGAUGGAUGCCAAUGGCAGUCACGUUGCCCACUGUUGCUUGCAGAAAAUGUCACCUGAGUACAACGCAUUCCUUCUCAAUGCGGCCAUAGAAUAUUGCUUUGAGCUAGCAAAAGAUCGUCAAGGCUGUUGUAUCAUCCAAAAAUGUAUUCUUCAUGCAAAUAUGGAGCAGAAGAACAGGUUGUUGUAUAGUAUCACAUCCAGGGCUCUUGAUCUCGCAGAAGAUCAGUACGGGAACUACGUAAUACAGUAUAUACUCGAGCUCAAGGUUACAUGGGCAACGGACAAAAUACUGGACAAACUUGAGGGUCACUACGGAUAUCUAUCGAUGCAAAAAUGCAGCAGCAACGUGGUCGAGAAAUGUUUGAAAGAAGCACGGGAGCCAAAACGUGUGAAAAUCAUCCAUGAGCUUAUCAAUGACCCCAAACUGCCGCAUAUUUUGCUUGAUCAGUAUGGGAACUAUGUGAUUCAAACAACACUCCGAGUGUGUGAGGAUGCUACAGUUCACGCAGCAUUGAUUGGAGCCAUUAAGCCGCACGCUGCUGCCCUUCGAAACAACAUGUUUGGAAAGAGAGUUCUGUCGAAAACCUGCCUGAAGAACACGAAGUACUGAUCCAGGCCUUUGAACUGCCUUUUGGAGUUCACUGCAGUUCGGGCAAGGUGCAUAAGGUGCAACACUAACGUACAAACCUGUAAUAAGUAUAGUAUGUUAAAAGAUAGGUCAUCAUAAAACUGGGUAGAUUAAGAGAAAGGAUAAAAGGAUGGGUAAUAGUUUUGGUUGGAGGAAACCACAUUUUGGGCCACCCUAGGCAAUGUGUGUUGCAUAUUGUAGAGUUGUAGAGAUUUUGUGGAAAUAAUUAUGGGUUGUGUUACUACGUCGGUAAUCUGUCAGACUCGUCUGUAUCCUCUAAAAUAGAAAGCUAUUUGUGAUAUUCAUAUCCGAAAUAUGACAUUUUUUC